AUGUUCUCGUCGAGCAGUUAUGAUCGAUUUGGCGGUCGCGGUCCUAGUCGUGAUCGUGGUGGUUACCGUGGUGCACGUCGAGGCAGCGGACAAGGCCGGCGUUCAGCAGCUCCUGAGACUCCAAGAAGUCCAUCACCGCCAAUCGGUCCAGCCUUGACUACCAUCCGCUACUGCGAGCUCGAGGCCGAUCAAGCCUCAUCCAGCGAUGCCAAAAUCACAGGCCUGGAAGAUGUCGCAUCGUACAACUGGCUCAAAGCAAAUGAGCCAACGAUCAUGACUCCUGGCAAGCCUCCAAAGUGGACGCCCACAGCCAGGCCGACUAAGCUCGCGGAAGACAAUCCCAACGGCACUUACUAUCGAGACCCAAAUGCUGCAUACUUCCCAUCGCAUCCUAUGGAGCCAGUCGUUCGGUCUAUCUUCGAAGCGCGCCCUGAUUUCAAUGCCCAGGAAGUCGACGUCUUCGGUUGCGGAAGUACUUUUGGAAACUUGCUCAGGUUCGCCCGCAAUGUCGAAACCGAGAAGCCAUUUCGAUUUCUGGCUGAGGUGGUGGGUGAGACGGUCUUUUUGAUCCGAAGAGAGAACUCACCAAAGGAAGUGAUUGCGGACGUUCGUGGCUAUGGGCAUAGUUUCCCUGAAGCGAACACUACCUGGGAUGCCGACGUCCAGAGUUCUGAUACUCAUCAACGCAUCAUCCGCUACCAGCUUGGUCAUCUCAACACAAUCAUCCGAUUUGAAGCGGACGGCUAUCUUGCAGAGAAAGUUCCAGCGAAGAAGACGUAUGCCAGCCCGGCAAAUCGGGAGGUAAAUGAAGACUUUCUCGUGUCGGCCCUUGUAGGAAACACCAUCAGUGCGCACACGCCCAAGAACUCGCACAGCCUAAAGGUCACUCGAGGUCAAGGAUCUGUGCCCCAGUCUGCAGUUUUCGAUCUGAAGACGCGCUCAAUCAAAAAGAAGCACCAUGACACCACGCUAUCCGACCAAAUUCCCCGCCUUUGGAUCCGCCAGAUUUCAUUCUUCGUUCUCGCGUACCACGACUAUGGCCUCUUCAGAUCAGAAGAAGUCACGGUCCGCAACAUCAAACCAGAUGUCGCAAGGUGGGAGAGCGAUAACAAGGGAGACGUGAGUAAAUUUAUCGGUCUUAUCACAAAGAUUGCCGACGUCGUUAAGGCUACGCCGGGACGAAAGCUGGAGGUCCGGUACCGAUAUGGGCUUGGAUUGGAACUGAGGGAGCAAGUCGAAGGAGUGGCCUCUGUCUUGCCCAGUGAUCUUGCUGCACAGUGGGCGGAUCAAGGCAAUCGGGCGGAAUCUACCGGUGCAGCUCUCGGAAAUUGCUCCGUUGAUGGAGCCGUAGGUCUUGAGCACGAUUCUAUUGAGAAAGGGGUGGCUCUUGAUGAAAAGAUUAUUGAUGCUUUGGACGAUGACGAGUAUGAUUGGGAUAAGAAGGAGGAUUAUACGGCAUGUUCGAUGGAGAGUUGCAAUUACUGCGGUCAUUGUUCGUACUGA